CAUGAAUGACAAUCCAGUGCCGGUGGCUGCACAAGACACACAAGACCCCAGAAAAACUGGAACUGAAACCGAUCGAGCAUAACUCAACUCGACUCCAGACAGUCUGAAGUGAUCGUGCGGCAUUACAAAUCGUUGUAUCAAAUAUUCGCAAAAGUGAAAGUAAUUACUCGCAAAAUGUCAUCGGCGUUGUCGAACCUCUUGCAAACGCUGAGGAUUGUGCCCUUGGGACACGGAAAAUCCAGUAACCAAGUUGUGGUUGUUUCGAACCAAAAGGAGCGCCUAAAGCUGGAAGAUCUGCCGGAAAUUAGUUUGGAGGAGGUGGCCCAGCACGAUAGCUUCGAUGAUUGUUGGGUGGUGAUCUACGACAGAGUCUACGACGUCACCCACUUUUUGAGGGAUCAUCCUGGCGGCGAUGAUGUGAUAAUGGAUCACGCAGGACGAGAUGCCACCAUCGCCUUCCACGGAACAGGACAUUCGAGCGACGCCAUCGAGCUGAUGAAGGAUUUCCUGAUCGGGCAACUUCCCACCAAGCAGCAUAUUUUUCGCACUGGCAAAAACAAGGUUUUGUCCCUGGGCAUACCGGAAUAAUGUCAGCCGAUCCCGCUUUGAUCGCUCUCGCCGCCGUCCUCUACGUACUAUUAUGUCUAUAUGUCUAUAUGUUUUAGAGUAUUCAUCGAUUUUGUGUCUAAUUAUAAUCAGCUUUUUUCGCACUUGCAAAACGGCUUUUGCUUAAUCAUCAAAAACCAUUCAGCAAACUAUGUAUAUUUAUAUGGUGUUGUAUACUUUUAUCAAGACUUGAAACGGAACUAAGAUUAAAUUAUUUUAAUUGUGA